AAUCAACAUUAUCACACAUAUAUAAGAAAUAAUGAAACAUGAUUUGAAUCUUCAGUCAGUUCUGUUGCUACGGAAAAUACUAAUCACUACCCGAUAUGUUAUUCCUUGUUCUUAGUCUAAAAUAUACAAUAGAAUAAUAUUUAAAUCCUGCCACAAGUUAAAGAGCAAAAAAUACUUAUUUCGAGUUUAAUAAUGAUAAAACUGUUCAUUAUUAGCAAGUAAGUUAAAUAGUGCAGCUUACUAUGGAUUCAUCGAAACCAUUAAAGAAAUUUGGUUUAUUCCAGCAAUGGCUUGCAGGCACAGAAUUGUUUCUACUGUCGGUCAUGGUGGGUUCAAUAGCAGGAUGGACUUCACCAUAUUUGGCUAAAUUAGAUGCACAAGAGAAUCCAAAUUCAGAACUUCCAAUAGAUAAGGUCGAAGCUUCGUGGAUAGCAUCCCUAAUCAAUCUUUCUCGUCCGGCUGGUGGAAUUUUAGGAGCAUUAUUAGUUCACAUUAUCGGAACAAAAUUAUCUUCGCUAUUUGUGGGAGUACCAAUAGCUAUUGGCUGGGCGUUAUUUCUCAUUAAAAAUUCAGUGACAUUGAUUUAUGUGUCUCGAACACUUGAUGGUAUCAGUUUCGGAAUGUUUUUCAGCUGUUUUCCGUUAUAUGUUGGAGAAAUUGCACACCCCAAAAUUCGUGGAGCAUUAGUAGCUUUAGUUAUGCAAGGCCUUAUGGUAGGUAACUUAUGUGGCACAGUAAUAGGAAAAUUUGUUGAUUUGUGGAUGUUUGCAGCCAUAAUUCUUGUGCCAAAUUUAAUAUUUUUAGCUUCGUUUAGUAUUAUGCCUCACACACCUCACUAUUUGAUACGGCGCAACGAAAUUGACAAAGCAGCCAAAUCGAUUGAAUUUUACGAUCGCAACGCUGACGUCAAAAACCAACUAGAAGCUCUCAAAGAGUUUAUUCAAUCAAGCAAAUCACUAACAUUCAAAGAUACGAUACGCGAACUAAAUACUCCAGUGAAUCGAAAGGCAUUAAUAAUGGUAAAUAUUGUGUUUGCAUUUUUUCAACUCAGUGGAAACUAUACCGUAAAUGCUUACAUGGAAAUUUUGCUAACAAAUGCACGAAUAAACGUUGUGGUGCCUUCGAAUUUAGUGAUCAGCGGUAAUGUUUUGAGUAUCGUAUCCAGUUGGAUAUCAAUUUACACAAAUGAUAAGUACGGAAGACCUGUUAUGCUCCUGAUUUCUUCUGUCGGUGUGGGGAUCGGAAUGUUUUUAUGGGGACUUCAUUAUCAAUUGUUAGAUAUUGGUUACACUAAUCCUCAUCUUCAGUGGAUUUCUAUCGUCGCGUUAAUUGUUUAUCAACUUUCAGUUCCCUUAGGUCUGAUACCAGUACCAUCUACGCUGAUAAGUGAAAUGUUUGCACCAAGUGUCAAAAAUUUAAGUGCUUCAAUUAGCAGUGUGAUCUCUGGAUUAUGCGCAUUUGCUGCCAGUCGUAGUUAUCAACCUAUGGUAGACGCUCUAUCGGAAAAAUAUGUUUUUUGGAUUUAUAGUUUUCUUAUGUUUUCCUCAGGACUGUAUUCGAUUAUUUUUAUUCCUGAAACUAAAGGUAAAUCUCUAACGGAAAUACAAGAAAUUUUAUCGCGAGAUAUUAAAACCAAAUCAAACAAAGAAGAUAAAUCGAGUGAUGAUGAUAGUAAAGUCAUUAAAAAAGUGUAAUAUUUGUGACAUGUAGAUAAAAUUAUUUUAAUUUAUGAUUAUAAUGCUUUUUUGAUAAUUCAUAUGAUAUAAAAUUUUGUGAUCUUAAUUUCAGAGAAUCUGUAAAAGCUGUGAUUUUCAAUAAAAAGUUUGGUUUAUACAUUCUUAA